AUGACAUGGGACGACUCAGCCGGGGCUGUGGACGAUGCCGAGAGAGACGGGUUCGAUGUGACGAGACUCGGCCAAGUUGCCAGCGGUGUCUCAAGCGUAACGAACCCUGCCACGGCUACCGUGAUGAAGCCACCAUCAUCUUCUGCCAUGAGACCAACAAACUCUCAGCGUCGAAGCAGGUCGGUUGAGAGUACUCAGAGGUCGAGCCGCACUUCCUUCGGAUAUGGCGGCAACCCGUCGAGUCUCACCAAGGACGAAGGUGUCACUCUUUCCAUCGGUAGCUAUUUGCUGUUGUGGCCCAUCAACAUCAUUAAAGCCGCCGAAUCUCCAGCAACGCCUGAGCAGAAACAAAAGGCCCAACUAGUCUUCGACAGGAUCCGCAAAUACACGGGAAUGAAAUCGCAGCUGAAAAAGAAGAGCAUCAUCUGA